UAAACAAUGUCAACUGAAGCUAGCGCCAGGGCGUUUUUACAAAACUACACAGACCAAGACGCUUUACGUCUUUAGUUCAUUUCCUAGUUACUAGCCGUUAGCUUCUGUGUCUAAAACAACCGCUUUCUGUUAGGUAGUCGUUUCCUGCUCUCAGAGCUGAUGCUCAGGUCCUGGCAGGCAGCAGAAAGAACAAACAGCUCCAUCCAGUAUGGAAGACUUCAGGUGGACGUACCUGCAGCUGUGUAAGGAGGGUGGAGUGGAGCCCCAGGAGAGUGUUGUGGCUCAGCUCCAGGAGAGCAGGGCUGCCCACAGCUCCAGGCUGGACCUGAGUGGACACAGUCUGUCCACUGACACCUGCAGCGUCCUGGCCAGGGCCUUCCAGAAGGACGGCGUCUUCACAGAGGUCUCCCUUAGUGACUGCAUGCUAACAGAGGAAGGCACCAAGAUGCUUUUGGCUGGACUGUUUCACAACACAUCAGUGAAAUGUCUGGAUCUAAAGGGAAACAACCUGAGAUCUACAGGAGCUGAGGUUCUGGGAAAGCUGCUGGGAUGUAACAAGACACUGCACAGGCUGGUGUUGGAGUGGAAUGCUCUGGGUGUGUGGGAAGAGUCCUUUUCGCUGUUCUGUGAUGGGUUGGCGUCCAACAACACUCUGACACACCUGGACCUGCGCAACAAUCAGAUCAACCACCACGGAGCCUCGGAGCUGGCGCUGGCCCUCAGACGCAACAGCACCCUGCAGGAGCUAGACCUGAGGUGGAACAACAUCGGUCUGCUGGGUGGGAGGUCCCUGCUGGAGGCCCUGCAGAAGAACAAGAGCAUAGUACAGCUCGAGAUGGCAGGAAACAACAUUCCCAGUGACAUUCUCAAAGCUCUGGAGCAGAGCACAGGACACAACUCUGAAAGAGAGUUCACGUUGAGAGAAAGCCGCAACAAGACCCACGUCCUCAGCAGAGAGAUCCAGUCACUGAAGGAGGAAAAGGGUCGCCAGUUCCUCAGCCUGAUGGAGACGAUAGACAGGCAGAAGGAGGAGAUGGGACACUCCACCAAGUCAACCUCUGCUCAGAUUGGUCAGCUCCAACAAGCUCUGAAUGAGAGGAAGUCAGCGAUCAACUCCCUCACUGCCAAGUUGCAGAUGACAGAAGCAGCUCUGGCCCUCUCAGAGCAGAAAGCCCAGAGUAUGGGUGAGGUCCUGUCUCGCAUGAAGGCUGAGAAAGAAGAGCAGAAGGAGCAGCAGAGCCGACUGAGGAAGAAGCAGGAAGAGGAAAGUUCCCUCAGAGAGGGAAAACUCCACAGAGAGAUCCAGAACCUGAUGGAAACCAACGGCCAACUCAGGAAUAAAGUGGAGGAGCUGGAAUGCAGGUGCAAGUCUCAGCAGCAGCAGAUCUUUGAGCUGAAGCAGGAGCUCACCAACAGCACCGCAGAGCUCAAGAUGCGGCUAACGAAGGCAGAAGAUCGGCUGGAGUCAGAGAAGCGGCGGUCCAAGCAAGCCCUGGAGGACAUGGAGAGCCUGAGACACAAGGAGGUGGAGAACGUCAGCCGGCAUCUAGAGGAGCGUGAGAGAGCUCUGCAGGAGCGUAUCUUCAAACUGGAGGCGCAGAGGAUCCAGCUGGAAGAGGAGCUGGGUAAAAGUAAAGCAGCCGUUGUGACAGAGAGGGCCCAGGCAGAGGAGGAACUGGGAAAAGUGCGAACUCAAAUGCGCUUGGAGGAGCAGGAGCACGUGUCGUCCCUGGAGGAGAAGCUGCGCUCCCUGCGUGCGUCCAUGCAGCAGCUGCAGCUGCACUGCUCCCAGCAGAAACAGAGCAUUUCUGAGCUGCAGGCGAAGAGCAGCCACCAGAGCGUGGAGACGGACGGCCUGCGGCGCCGGAUAGAGGAGCUUCAGCAGGAUCUGUCCGGAAAAGAGCAGGAGAAGGUGGCUGAGGUGAGCAGGGUAAGAGUGGAGCUGCAGGAGCAGAUUGGACAGCUGGAAGCAGACAGGAUGGCACAAGAGAGGCUCAAAGCAAAGAUCAGUGCUCUGGAGAGAGAGAUGAAAGCGCUGACGAAUAAUCACCGUGAAGUGCUUCUUGACAAAGAGAGCGAAAAGUCUUCCCUGUUGGAAAAGCUGCGGCUGAAGGAAGUGGAGAUCCAGCGGAUGAAGGAGGAUGAGGCCCAGAGAGCCAGCUACCUGCAGAGCGCCGUCCUCAGCUACGUUCAAGGCUCCCCGCUGGGACACUACAGCCCCAACAAGUAGUGGAACCAGUGGAAUCCCAUUCAUGACCAGUGAACACCUGCUCCAGCCACUACACCUCACUGGAACUGACUGACAGAUUUUAGACGCCGUGAAACGCUGACGUUAGACGUCAGAAAGAGCUCUGAACAUAACAGUUUUCAUUUCUGACCAGGCUGGGGCUCAUCCUCCCCACUCUGGUCCCUCUGCUCUCUGCUGUGUGUUUGGGAGUGUCUGUGUGGUAACUGGAGGUGGACAACAUUCAUGCAAAGGUUUUUUUUGUUUGUUUUUUUUCUUGCCCCAUGGACCAUGGUGAUGAUGAAGGAGACAGUAGCUUCUCACGGUGCAGCUGCAGCAGCUCUGUUCUUUCUGCUCCACUGCCCUCCAGACCGUAAACAUUAAAAUGUCCGGCAGUUUUUGGCCUGAGGUGGUGCUGACUCAGACAUUAACCCCAGGGAUUAAUGGAUCCAGUUCAGGGAUAAAUCCUGAGUCGUGUUCUGUCUGGAGGUUCAGUUUUCAGGGGAACGAAGCAGAACAAGUCUGGGUUUAAGUUUAUGAACUUAAAAACCAGAGAAAGUUUGUCGAUCAAUAGGAUUUGUUUGCUCUUUACCCAGAUGUUCACUAAAUUUAAUAAAAUUUUGUAUUUAUGUUAAUAAAUGUGUACAUUUAUGCACAUUCUAAACAAGGUUUUGAAGAAUAAAGCGAUAUUACUGUACCAAUAAAUAGCUUUUAAUUUAACGUCUGAUGGCUGAAAUCAGUCUCACAGCUCAGAUCAAUUGUUUGAUCUCAGUUUCUAAUUUUCUGCUAACAGGAUUUAAAGGUGGAAAUUUUCCCCUUUGGGUCAGUAAAAGGAAACAGCCGCAGGAAUAUUGGGAAUCUUGACGCUUAUUGUUUUCAGUAAACUACUUCUUUAUUUGUGAGGCAGUGAUGUUUUUUUGUUUUGUCUGUUUUCCUGCUAUUUGAUGUGACUGAUCACCUAGCUCCGCUGUUAGCACUCGAAUAUGUACCGUUCUCAAUCCUGCUCACAAAUAUUUUUAAAUGUGAGCUCCAUUUUUACAGGAAGUGAAGCAAGAUGAUCCUCUGAUUGGAUCAUAGAGUUCAUUUUUACACAAACUUUGUAUUCUAAUUGCAUCUUUAUAUCACAAGGAAAUAUUUUGUAUCAUGUUAUUUUUUUCAAAUGUCUUCCAUUUUGUGAUUUUGUCAAAAAAAUAAAUAAAUGUCUAUUUUCUUCUAUCAUUA